UGCAUUUUUACCGCACUAAAUAGAGGGAGUAAUUUUACAAUACUUUUACAGGAUCAUUAUGGCUGAUAAGAAGCAGAGCCAUGGGGACACAGAUGACUCAGCAAAGACUGAGGCAGAACAGAGCGGUGUGGACACAGUGGACGGGCCAUGUUACUAUGUUCCUAAAGUGGACCAGUACAGAUACAGUAUGGACUACCCCUGUGCAGGCGUCUGUGUGAUCAUCAACAACAUCAACUUUCACCCAUAUUUAAAUAUGAACACUCUAAACGGCUGUGAUUAUGACGCUUCCCACGUGAGAGAAACAUUUGAGAACAUGGGAUAUAAAGUCUAUAUGUUCAGAGACGUCACCACAGCACAGAUGAAGCAGGCGCUGCAGAGAGCGUCUAUGGAGGACCACAGUAACUGCGCGUCCUUCGUCUGUGUUAUUUUGAGCCACGGGGAAAAAGAUGUAGUCUUUGGGACAGACGGACGGGUCCCACUCGAAACAUUAACACAAUAUUUUAAAGGACACAAAUGCCGAAGCCUCCUGGGAAAACCAAAACUCUUCUUCAUAAAUGCAUGCCGUGGUAACAACUCAGACGCAGGGGUAGAUAUGGUCGAUGGUGGUGAUAGUGUGGAUGGUGUAGAAAACUAUAUCACCUACAGGAUCCCACUGGAGGCUGACUUCCUGUACGCCUACAGCACUUCUCCAGGAUUUGUAGCAUGGAUGAUGCCCAGAGGGUCCUUUUUCAUUCAUGAGGUGUGUCAGAUGAUUGAGAACCACAAGGACUUGGAGCUGAUGCAGAUCAUGACCAGAGUGAAUGGAAUAGUGGCCCACAGAGACAUGUUCUGUGAUGAGGGGAAGAGGUACAUGGAGAGUUAUAAGCAAAUGCCCAGCGUCACCUCCAUGCUAACCAAAGAAUUCUACUUCCCAAAUCGGUUUAAGAGGUUUGCGCUCCAUUAA